ACAUUCGGGAAAACAUAUCUGCGGCUAUUCAGAAGCGCAUGAUUACACUUAAAGUGUCGCGAGAAACACUCGCGGAUUUAAACUUAAUGAAAGAUUUGAUAGAGAACAAACUUGACACACUAAGUUUCGAUCAACAGCUUCGCGAAUGUAGGUUUUAAUUACCCUUUUAUAUCUGGCAAUGAAAAAGGGCUCAAGUAGACUCCAAUAAUCCUCAAACUAUUGUUUGAUUGAGACUGUGAGCUGGAAAGGGAGACCGACGGGAGACCAAUGAGAAAGGAGAGGCCGAGAGCCAACCAGCCCCGCGGCCAGAGACACCAUGAGCGCCAAGUCUGCCAUCGGCAAGGAGGUCUUCACCCCGCGGGAUGAGAAGAUGCUGGCAGCCGUGCAGGUCAGGAGGAGGAACAAGAAGAAGAUCCCCUUCCUGGCCACUGGAGGACAGGGCGACUACAUGACCUACAUCUGCCUGUCAGUUACAAACAAGAAGCCCCCACAGCUGUCCAUCACCAAGGUGAAGCAGUUUGAAGGCUCCUCCUCGUUCGCUAGGAGGUCUCAGUGGAGCAUGGACCAGCUUCGUAAGGUCAACGGCAUCGACCCUAAUCGAGACUGUCCAGAGUUUGACUUGGAGUUUGACAACGCCUCCGACCAGUGGGUGGCAGGCUCUGCAGGGGAGAAGUGCAUGUUUGUCCAGGUCUUGCACCACACCUGCCAGCGGCACAGCGGGGAGCGCAAACCAGAGUUUGUCAACUGCCAGUCCAAGCUGCUUGGAGAAGCAUGCUCAGUAAAUUCAGUCAUGUUGCGUUGCAAGAUGUUUUUGCAUGGAAUGAGGAAUACCAAGGUAUCAAGCCAGAAACGGCCUCCCAGAAAAGGUAACAGCAUCCUGCACUCGGCGGCCGACAGCGUGACCAGUGCGGUACAAAAGGCCAGCCAGGCCCUGAACGAGCGCAGCGAUCGGCUGAACCGGGCCGAGGAGAAGACCGGCGAGCUCAUGAACAGCGCGCAGCAAUUUGCAGACACAGCGCACAAGCUUGCCAUGAAGCACAAAUAGCCAAACCGCCAAGGGAUCUGCCUGGAUGUGAGAAGUGCUGAUCCUCUGGGACACCUUUCUAACUGUAUUAAUAUUUUAACAUCUUAUUUCUUGUAUGCCACUAUCACUAAUGAGUUUUACCUGCACACCUUGACAUUGAGUGAACAUCUGAUCUGGAGCUCCGCUAGCCAGCUACCUGUCCGUGGGCCAUUUAGCAUGCAGUUUGCACCGCAUACUUCCCUAUCACCUGCCGCCCACUCGCUAGGCUACGCAAAAACCUUUUACCCGCCAGCCCCUAUUUUCGGUUUCGACAGCGCCCCCUGAAGGCCGACAUUGUUAUGACACAGUAGUACAUUUCAUUAUGCCCAGAAGCACUGCGAGUUGCUUGUAAAAUUGUAACAGAUUGUAGGCAGCCUCUGUCCUCUAAGACUUCAGAAUGUGAAAUCAGACUUUCAGACAUUCCAUUUUCCCACGGUAUAUAAAAUACCCCCAGUACUACCUUAUGAAGCUGCUGCAAAAGCUUAAAAGCUAAACUGAGUUUUGCUCUAUGAAGGAUGAUACGUGUUCGUAUAAAAGUGUUUACAAAUUGUAAGAACCCCCCCCCCCCGCUAUAUUCCCUUUAUGCCCCCCUCCCUCCUGCACUAUAUUAUGGUUUAGUGUCCAGGAUUUGUUUAAUCUUCACUUUAUUGAUUUAAAUGAUAACAUGAGUACAGAUAGUAAUGAUCCAAUGUACAGUAUCUAUCACUGCAAAUGACUAAAGUUUUUAUAAACAUUCCAGAAAGUAAAACAGAUAAUGAAGGAACCCC